AUGCCAGGAAAGAAGAAGACGCCUAAAAAAGGUCAAUCAAGAUCCGUUCGAGCCGAUUUGUACUUUCCCAUCGGUCGUAUUCAUCGUUUGCUUCGCAAAGGUAACUAUGCUGAUCGAAUUGGUGCCAGUGCUCCUAUCUAUCUGACAGCAGUGCUUGAAUACCUUUCUACCGAAGUUUUGCAAUUGGCUGGAGACGAGGCACGUGCUAACCAGAAGAACCGGAUCACCCCUCGACACUUGCAAUUGGCCAUACGGAACGACGAUGAACUGAGCGCGCUUCUCUCCGAUGUAACGAUCUCUGAAGGUGGUGUGCUACCUAAUAUCAAUUCUGCGCUCCUUCCCAAGCAAUCAGCUGAUAUGCAGUCAACUUCAGAAGAAAUUAACCCUGAUAUGACUUGA